UCAUGUCUUUUGUUGGAGCUAACUUCACGGUUGUCUUCUUUUUUUGGUAUUCACGGUACCAUCUUUAAUAUCGCUUGAAAUAGUUUCUGUGGUUCUAUUAUUUUAUCUCUCCCAAGUGUUAAAAAUGAGAUAAUUUUUACGUUAACAAAUUGCAUUUAAAGUUUUUAUCGGAAGCAAAAAAAUCGCAGAAGCGUAACUUGAAAUUUAACAGCUUCUAUCGCACAAUAUUUUUCUUUAUGUUUCUUAUGCCCCAUUGUAUGUUUCAUUUCAAUUGCGUUUUAUCUUAAGUAAUGUCCUUUGAAUUGUGCAAUUUGAACUUUGAACUUUUUUGGACUUUAAGUACUAAGUACUAAAAUUUGCAAAUAUAUAUAGGAAUUUCCAAGUGUUUUCUAUCUUUUUGAAGCCUUUAAAAUGGCUACAUUAGCUUUAAAAUUCUUGUACAAGCCCUUUGUUAUGAACAAUUUUUCCAGAUGUUUGAGUUCCUCUUCAAAAUUAGUAGGAUUAGAAAUAAACGAUCAAAACGGCAUAGCGACAGUAAGUUUACAGAGACCUCCUGUGAACAGUUUAAAUUUAGAUUUGUUAAGUGAUUUUCUGACUACUCUUACCGAAUUAGAGAGUAACAAGUGUCGUGGCGCUAUUUUAACGUCUUCAUAUAGCACUGUAUUUUCGGCUGGAUUGGAUAUUAUGGAAAUGUAUAAACCAGAUCCUAAUAGAGCGAAAAAAUUUUGGCUAACUUUGCAAGAUGUUUUCAUUAAAUUGUAUGGGUCUCCCUAUCCAACUGUUGCUGUUAUAAAUGGCCACUCGCCCGCUGGAGGUUGCUUGUUAGCAACUAGUUGUGAAUAUAGAGUGAUGCAGAAAGGUUUUACAAUUGGUUUGAAUGAAAGUCAACUGGGAAUGAUUGCUCCAAAGUGGUUUAUGAUGGCCAUGAAGAAUGUGAUUGGAAUAAGGCAAACAGAAAUGGCACUGACUUUGGGAAGGCUUUUCAAUACAGAUGAGGCCCACAAAUUAGGCCUGGUUGAUGAAGUUGUUAUCAAUAAACAAGAAGGAAUCGAGAGGGCUACUUCAUUUUUGAGCCAGUUUUCCAAAAUAUCUCCCAUAGCGAGGGCAUUGUCAAAGCAGAUGUUUAGGGAAGAAGAUCUAAAGGUUAUGAUUAGAAACCGAGAAACUGAUUUGAAUUUGUUUAUUACGGCUGUGACCAAUGAAGAUCUACAAAAAAGACUUGGCAUUUACCUGGAAUCACUGAAGAAAAAACAAGCGUCUGCUUAGGUUUUAAUUGUUUAUGAUUAAAGUUUAAAUUUUCAGUUUGUGCAAUAUCACAUAAUGGUUGCAGAAAAGCAUUUAACCCAUUUCUUUACUUUUAUAAUGUCCUGUUUGUAAGAAUGUUUUGUUGGAACUUGUUUCAAAAUUUGUUUUUAAUAAAGUGUAAAUUUAUACGA